GCUCUCUCAGCCCUUCAACGUCUCUGGCCGUCGGAUUUGCAUUAGAUUAGUUCCUGGCCGUCAGAUCUUCCUCUCUAAGUGGCAGUUUAUCGCGAUCUGAGUUGGCUGUCCUAAUAGGCCGCUAUUCUGGAAAUUUUUUUGGAGGCCUGUGGUUAAUUGGGCUUUUACAGGAAGCCCAUUUAGGUAGAAAACAAUCCGACGCUGCGCUUUAUCUCCGUAAGAAAAACUGUUUGCUCAAAUAGGUGGAAAUGGAUUGGUGGGGGCUCGAUCUCAUACAGGGAUGCCGGCGACGCGGCGACGCAGGCGGUCCACGAUGGGAUCCAGUGUUUGCUGGUCUUCCCAGUGGAUCGAGCCGAGGCGCUCAAGGCGAUCCAGCGGCGCGCGGCCUUCUCAGUGGAUCCAGCCGAAGCGCGCCAGGUAAUCAUCCUAGGGUUUGGAGUUGGUGACGGAGGAGGAGGCGGCACCGGCGAUGGUGCGCAAGCCGUGCACGAGGCUACGGUGACUCCACAAAGUCUGCUCCGCUCUCCCCGACCCUCGACUGCGUGCUCUCCGAUCUGCACUCCCUCCUUCUCUCCACGCUCGUUGCAUCGCUGCCCUCCCCAUCACCAUGGCGACGAUGUGAGUUUCAGUGUGCCCAGCUCAUCCCGUGUUCGAUUGGGCUGGGGCGCUCAUGGCGGCGCUGGAAGGAAUCUCCUAGCCAAAUUUUAGCACGGAGGCGCCUUCCAGAGCACCUUUCCGCUGGUAGUGAUGUCCGGCGGCGUGAGGACAAGGUGAGGCUUCAACGAAUCAUCCAUGGAUUCGACGAUUUCAAGGUUUCAAUGGAUUAAAUCUGAGAACAUAAUUCUCGAAAUGGAGGAGGUUCAAUUGGUGUUCCUGGAGAUGACAAGAAAGAUCAUUCAAGGGAAGAGGAUUUGUUGCGAGAGAGUCGGAUGCCGGCGCGGACGAUCCCCUCAAUGGACUCAUUGCAGCAUCACGAAGACACAGGCAACGGUGCUACUGCUGAUGGUAGAGAGGAGAUCAACAGCAAGGGAGGCAAGGGAAAAACUGAGGGUCAAAGAGGGGUUUACAACUAGGUAUAAAGCUUCACGAGGACUCAUCUUCUUGGAAUGGAAGAUGAUCAGUUACUGGUGCUUGUGAAUAUUUGCGGAAGUACAGUAGCCUGUAGCUUUGUAGGCGUUGAACUAAAUACCAAUCCAAGUAGGUGCGAAAGGAAGAUAAUAUAGGUUUUGAUCCGCCAAAAGGUCUACUUAUUCCCAUUUCAGUUAAUAUUUACCUCUAAAACAUUGCAUGAACUCCUGGGCAUAUUGGAUACUUUAUUUAUGCACCUUCUUGCAUUUUAAUUACAUGUAAGUUGUGCACUCUAUUUAGUAAGUUAUUUGUAUUUUGGCUACAAAUGAUUUUAUUGGAUAUACUAUAGACAUUUUCUGCAGGGACUGUUGCAACUUGCUAGACAUAGGAAAAGAUGGGAGUCAAUCCAAGAUGACAUCAGCAACCAAAGGUGAACAUUUAGAUAAACAUUUGAUUUCCGAUACAAGAGUAGUCAUGUGUUUUUUCUUUGAAGGUGUGUGAUUUUAUUCUAGUGUGGAAAUUAUUAUGAUGAUCAUUCAUCAGAGAUGGGUACGUGCAUUAUUUUCUUCUUACAAAGAAAUUCAAGUUUGAAUCUUAGAUUUAACAAUUACUCCCUCUGUUCCGUUAUAUAAGGUGUAUUUGUUUUUUUAAGUCAAACGAGUGCAAGUUUGGCCAAGUUUUUAGAAAAAUAUAUCAACAUUCACAAUACGAAUUUAUAUAUCAUUUGAUCUCAACAUAAAGAGUAAUUUCAUAUUAUAUCUAUUAGGAAUUGCAGAUUUUGUUAUUUUGUUCUAUAAUCUUUGUCAAAUAUUCAAAUGGUUAACUUGCACGGAAAUCAAUACACCUUAUAUUCUGGAACGGAGGGAGUAUUUGACAUGUCAUGAAGUAUGUAUUGCAUCACUCACAAAAAUCAUAGCUUCCAUCCAGCGGCUUUGGCCGAGUUAAUUUGUGCAUUGAUGUUUCACCA